UAUGCACCACGGUAAACAAUUACAUAAAGCCUAUGCACUGCUGGAUGCAAGGGUUCAUCAGCUUACAGUGGGGGAUUUCGUUAACUGGAUUAGCGGUAGAUUUAAACUCUGCAUUUAGGCUCAAGAAGGUAAAAUAAUCAGUGAGCCCGUCUGUGCGUCUGUUAUAAAAGGUGCACACGCCGUCCUCGCCCCACACCUCAGACGCUGCAACAACUCAGCAACAGAAGCUUCCUGUGGCUUCAUUCUACACUUCAGAAUGGAUUUCCAAAUGUUCUCCCUGGCGAUGUUGCUCCUGGCCUGUGUGGAGCAGGGCCUGGCCACCUGUGUGGUGGACAGCUUCACAGUCAAAGAGGACUUUGACCCCCAGAGAUAUGUUGGAAAGUGGUACGCUCUGCAGAAGAAAGACCCCGAGGGUUUGUUCCUGCAGGACAACAUCUCUGCCGAGUACACUGUUGGAGAUGACGGCGCCAUGGUGGCCUCCUCCAGAGGCAGAGUCACCCUCUUUGGGUUCUGGGUUGUCUGUGCUGACAUGGCUGCUCAGUACACAGUGCCCGACCCCGUCAGCCCCGGCAAGAUGUUCAUGAACUACCAGGGUCUGGCCAGCUACCUGUCCAGUGGGGGUGACAACUACUGGGUCAUCGACACAGACUAUGACAACUACGCCAUCACCUACGCCUGCCGCACCCAGAAGGAGGAUGGAAGCUGCGAGGAUGGCUACUCCCUGGUCUUCUCCCGCAACCCCCGUGGCCUCCCCCCCGCCAUCCAGAGAGUCGUCCGCCAGAAACAGGAGGAGAUCUGCAUGGCCGGACAGUUCCAGCCCGUGCUGCAGUCCGGCGCCUGCUAAACUGGUCUUCAGCUGGAGUUUGUUGUGCAGCUCUUCAAUGAAAUGGAAGAACCAUCUUGGCCAACGUGAAGACACAUUUAUUCUCAGGAGAAUGAACCUGUAAUUCUUCCAACGAUGAAUCUAAUUCAACCACCCACGAUUAAAGAAAUUAAUGAUGAAUGACAUAACAUCUGCACAGCAUGGUCACACUGUAUUGGAGACAAUAAAUUUUGUAAAGAAA